ACCGGCCGUAUAGUUCUGGCAGCUUAGGCCGUAAAACCAGUCAAGUGAAAUGUAAAAUAUUAUAAAUAACCUCUAUGACAGUGAGUUGUAUUUUUUAAUAAAAGUUGUUUAGUAAUCUUAAUUUCUGCCGAAAUUAUAAUCUAUUGAAAAUGGCCCGAAGAUACGAUACUAGAACAACUAUCUUUUCUCCUGAAGGGAGAUUAUAUCAAGUAGAAUAUGCCAUGGAGGCCAUUUCUUUAGCAGGAACCUGCCUAGGAAUUUUAGCCAACGAUGGCAUUUUAUUAGCCGCUGAAAGAAGAAAUACUAAUAAGCUUUUAGAUGAAGUAUUCACUUCUGAAAAAAUUUACAAAUUAAAUGAUGACAUGGUAUGUAGUGUUGCUGGUAUAACAUCGGAUGCCAAUGUUCUAACUAACGAACUAAGAUUGAUUGGUCAGAGAUACAUUUUCCAAUAUGGAGAAUCAAUUCCAUGUGAACAGUUGGUUUCUUGGUUGUGUGAUGUUAAACAAGCUUAUACACAAUAUGGUGGCAAGAGGCCAUUUGGUGUAUCUAUUCUUUAUAUGGGUUGGGAUAAACACUAUGGCUACCAGUUGUAUCAGUCUGACCCUAGCGGAAACUAUAGUGGAUGGAAAGCUACAUGUAUUGGGAACAAUAGUUCUGCUGCUAUUUCAAGCUUAAAACAAGAAUAUAAGGAGGGAGAAAUGACACUGAAUGAUGCAAAAAGUUUGGCUGUGAAAGUAUUGAGUAAAACUUUAGAUAUGACAAAGCUAACAUCAGAAAAAGUUGAAAUGGCAACACUAACUAGAGUGAAUAAUAAAACAGUUAUUCAUAUUCUUACUGCUAAAGAAGUGGAAGAGUUGAUCUCACAGUUUGAGAAGAGCGAAGCAGCAUUGGAAGCUUCAAAGAAAGAACAACAAAAAGUAACUGCUUGAUUUGCUUAAGUUACUACUACAAGUACAUUAUGAUAAUUUUGGCUACUAAAGUAUUUCUACUAAUAAAACGGUAUUAAAAAGAAAAAA